AACCGAUAAUGCACUGUGCUAGUGACUUAAUCGCUUUCCAGGGGCCUUCCCCAGGGCCGUGCACCAUCAAGUAUAACGCAAUUAACUCUAUUAGGUGGUCGACAUAAUUGACCGUAUCUACCUGACCUUAGACAUGUCUCAGUCUGUUGUCACAGUUGCUGAAGAGAUUCAGCGGCGAGAGGCCCUGGUCUGGAUCGACUGCGAGAUGACCGGCCUUGACCCUGACACAGACUCCAUCAUUGAGAUCUACUGCCUCAUCACCAAUGGCCAGCUUGAUCUGCUCGACGACUCCGGUUGGGGCACUGUCAUCCACCAGACGCCAGAGCGGAUGGCAAUGAUGGACGAAUGGUGCACCCGCGUUCACGGCGACAGCGGCCUCACCGCCGCUGUCAUCGAGUCCACCGUGACUCCAGAGCAGGCGGCCGACGGCCUGUUGGCGUACGUUCAGAAGCAUAUUCCCGAGAAAGGUGUAGCACUUCUGGCCGGGAACAGCGUGCACGCCGACCGGGCUUUUCUCCGGAAGGAGCCAUACCGGAAAGUUCUCGAUUACCUGCACUAUCGUAUUUUGGACGUGAGCAGCAUCAAAGAAGCGGCACGAAGAUGGUGCCCAGAAGUCGCCUCGGCAGCCCCCCGCAAGAGAGGCUUACACCAGGCAAGGGAAGACAUACUCGAGAGCAUUGAGGAGGCCAAGUAUUACAAGGACGCUAUUUUCCGGGUCUCCAGGUCUUGAGCCGACCAUGGGACACCCGCCUCGACGUUUCAUCCUGUGGCCACUGUCCGCCGGGACAGAAAAGCAAGCAAUCACUUUAUUCACAUGAGAUUCCGAGUGUAACUGCGCCUCUAGCAGUUUAUUAUCUUGAACUGCACACGAACCUUGCGCGAUACAACUAAGUUCUCACAUCCGGCUCGUCCCGGCCGACGAAUUCCUUGAACUUCAGGAGUUCCGUCGCCAUCUUGAUCUCGGGACCAAGGAAGUCCUGGGCGUCCAUAUCAUAAGUGGCAGGGUCGC